AUGCCAAAAAUGCAAUGUAGUAGUGAUGAGCGCUUUCGAGUCGAAUAUCUGGAGACGCCCGUUACAUCGGAGAAAGACGAGGCGGCAUAUAGAGUCAUCAGAUUACCAAACGGUUUAACAGCUUUGCUAAUAGGAGAAGAAGGAGAUCAUAAAGGUGAAGAUAAACAUGAUGAAUAUAACGAAGAAAAUAGUACUUCAAUUAAACGAAUUAUGAGAAAUGCAUAUAAGGCACAAUGUGGAUUGUCUGUUGGAGUAGGCAGUUUCAGCGAUCCAUUGGAGAUUCCAGGCCUGGCACAUUUACUUGAGCAUAUGGUUUACAUGGGAUCCGAAAAAUAUCCACAAGAAAACAAUUUUCACGAAUUUAUUGUAAAGCAUGGUGGACAUACUAAUGCUGUAACGGACAAUGAGCAUACAACAUUUUUCUUUCAUAUCCAAGAGAAAUACUUGUUACCAGCUCUCGAUCGUUUUACUCAAUUUUUCAUUAAACCCCUGAUGAAGAAAGAUGCCAUCAUACGGGAGCGAGAGGCUAUAGAAAGCGAAUUUCAGUUGGCCUUAUCUUAUGAUGAGAACAGGAAGGAACAACUAUUUUCUUCCUUUGCGCGAACUAAUCAUCCAGCCAAUAAGUUUACUUGGGGCAAUUUAAUAACAUUGCGCGAUAAUGUACAUGAUGACAAAUUGUACGAAGAGCUGCACAAAUUCAGGAAUCGCCAUUACAGCGCUCACAGAAUGAAGCUAGCUAUACAAACGAAACUACCACUGGAUGCAUUGGAAAAACAUGUCAUAAUGUGCUUUGCUGAUAUACCAAAUAACGGGCUGCCUCCUGAUGAUUUUACCAUAUUUAAAGAUGUUUCUUUUGAUACCCCCGCUUUCCGAAAAAUAUAUAAAGUUAAACCUUUCAAAGAUAUCAGUCAAUUAGAAAUAACAUGGGCAGUACCUUCACUACUUGACUUUUACAAAAGCAAACUAAAUCAUUAUGUUGCAUGGAUUAUUAUGCAUGAAGGGAAAGGUUCCUUAUUUAGUUAUCUACGCAAAAAAAUGUGGAUCCUUGAUUCAUUUAGUGGUACCUAUGAAAACGAUUUUGAAUAUAACUCGAUGUAUUCCUUGUUCAAAAUCAGUGUAGAUCUCUCCUAUGAGGGACAACAUUAUCUGGAGGAAGUUCUAAAUGCGAUAUUUUCUUAUAUCAAUUUAGCAAAGAGGGAGGGCCCGCAGAAACAGAUUUACGAUGAGAUUUAUAAAAUAAAAAAAGAUGCUUUUAGAUUUUCAGAUACGGAGGAUAAUGUGAAUGAUUUGUGUAUAAGUAUGCAUUACUAUCCGCCUCGGGAUUAUAUAACUGGAAACUAUAAUCUUUUUCUCGAGUAUAAUCCGGAAGCUAUACAAAAAUAUUUGGACUAUUUGGUGCCAGAAACUGCAAAUAUCAUGAUUUUUAACAAUGAUUUUGAUUGUGUUGAAUUAAAUAAAGUUGAACCAUGGUUCAAAAUCAAUUAUAAGGACAUUGAGAUACCAAAGGAAUGGAUUGAACGCUGGAAAUCUAUCGAGCCAUUGCCAGAUUUUCAUUUACCAUUACCAAAUACAUUCAUUACCAAUGACUUCUCUUUAAUAUCGAUGCCAGCGGAGGCAGCGGAGGUUCCAAAAUAUCCUGUAAUAUUACACAAGAAUGAUAUGUCGGAGAUUUGGUAUUGUCCAGUGUGUUGUAUUCCGAAAUGUUAUAUCGAUUUGCAUUUUGUUUCUGAUUUGGGACUUCAGUCGCCAAAAAAUGCAGCUCUCAUGGAAAUGUACUGCAGUGUAUUACGACUAUUAUUGAUCGAAGAAUUAUAUCCAGCUAUAGCAGCUGAGUUUCAUUAUGAUAUAAGAGUCGGUGAAAAAGGUGUUAUAAUAAAAAUAGACGGAUUUAAUGAAAAACUACCGCUUUUGUUGAUGACUAUUGCAAAAUACAUGGUCGACUAUCCAAAUCUUGUUACGAAGGACUUGUUUGAAAUUGUUAAAGUGCAACAACUCAGAAUAUUGUACAACAAAUUUAUAAAACCUGAGAAACUCGUCAAGGACAUGAAAUUAUGGAUACUAAAGCUUGUCCAUUAUACACGCAUUGAUAUACACACUGCUCUGUGUGAUAUUAACUUUGAAGAAUUUCGAGACUUUGUGAAAUCUUUCACCGAUCAUUUGUACAUUCAAUGCCUCGUGCAAGGCAAUAUGACACAAGACGCUGUAAUCGAGACUAUAUUACAAUAUAUUGAAAUAAUUAAUUGCGGUCUCUUGUCUUUUGGUAUGAUACCGCAGACGAAGGUUAUUCAGAUACCUUUGGGCACAUACUAUUGCAAGUUGAAAAAUAUUAAUAAAAUUGAUGUAAAUUCCGUAGUGACAAAUUAUUAUCAAGCCGGUGUCACCUCGAUUGAGUUAUCAGUGUUAAUCGAUCUGUUGAUCAUAAUAAUGAAAGAACCGUUAAGUAAUCAGUUACGAACUCAAGAACAGCUUGGUUAUAGUGUUUUGUGCGACCUUAUAGAUGUUAACGGAAUUUUAGGAUAUUCCAUUACCGUUUGUACACAAGCAGAUAAAUACACAACUGAACACGUGGACCAACGAAUCGAGGAAUUUCUGAAAUCGUUUAAUAAAAUUUUGGAAGCAUUUACACAAGAGGAACUAGAUGAUGUUAAGGAAGUGCUAAGGAAAUUUAAACAAAGUGGGAGAAGAGAAGAAGGGAGAAACUGGAGUAUCUGGAAAGAGAUCACAAAGUUGCAAUACAUGUUUGACAGACACGAAAGAGAAGCGCUUGCAAUAAAGAACAUAAAAAUCAACGAUUUGAGAGAAUGGUAUGCAAAACAUACACUGAAUGGAAGUAAUUUUAGAAAAUUGAGCAUACAUGUGGUAGGAACCGAUCUGAAGGAAAGUGUAGUCAAGGAAGAAAAUAAGUGCAGAGGAUUGCGAGAAAGCGCGGCUAGAGAUCCUAAAAGUAGAGAUCGGCCAAUGCCGACCGUGAUUGGCUCUACCAUGACGUUGUGA